GCUUACAGUGACCCACAGCUACUGUAUAUGAACUGUGUCCGUAGACCUGCUGUACUUCUCUACCCAGAGAGAGUUGGAUGAGCUCUGGUUGGACUCCAGCAGCAGGACUGUAAGGGCUUGGUCUGUAGAGAGUUAGUGAUACUCACUCAGUGGCUGUACUCUUUGAAGCCUGUGUUGCAGGAGGUGGCUUGCCUCCAUGUGCCUCAGAGAACGAGACGGGAGAGAAGAGAUUUCCAGAGGCAAGUCAUCUAGACGUGACAUAUAGACAGCACCUGUUCUCUCUCUCUCUCAAGGAGCUCUUCUCUUUUUCUCCUCUCAGUGGCCUGCCCGCCAUCUCACACUGACUAGACAGGAUGACAUGGCGUCCUCAGUAUCGCAGCUCCAAGUUCCGCCACGUGUUCGGUAAGGCCGCCACCAAGGAGAACUGCUACGAUGGCGUGCCCAUCACGCGGAGCGUCCACGACAACCACUUCUGCGCCGUCAACCCGCGUUUCAUUGCCGUCAUCACAGAGUGCGCCGGGGGUGGAGCCUUCCUGGUCAUCUCUGUCCAUCACACAGGGAAGGUGGACCCCCUUCACCCCAAAGUGUCAGGCCACAGAGGUAACGUACUGGACAUCAAAUGGAACCCCUUCAACGACUUCUGCAUAGCAUCCUGCUCAGAGGACUCCACGGUGAAGGUGUGGGACAUCCCUCCCCAUGGUGUGCUGAAGAACCUGACGGUGCCGUGGAAGGAGCUGCAGGGUCACAGCCGCAGGGUGGGCCUCAUCGAGUGGCACCCUACUGCCAACAAUGUGCUCUUCAGCACUGGCUAUGACUACCAGGUGAUGAUCUGGAACCUGGACAGCCCUGAGGCGGUGAUAAAGAACCCGGUGCGGACCAUCAGCCACCACACUGACGUGGUGCUCUCCAUGUCCUUCAAUACAGAUGGCAGCAGGCUGGCCACSUCCUGCAAGGACAAGAAGAUCAGAGUUCUAGAGUCACGCACUGGGAACCUGCUACAGGAGGCCAACUGUAAGAACCACAAAGCCAGCAAGGUGCUGUUCCUGGGGAACCUCAAUAUGCUGCUGUCCACCGGCAGCUCCCGCUGGAACCACAGACAGAUGGGCUCUUGGGACCAGGAGGACCUAGAUGUGCCUUUGUUACAGGAGGACCUAGAUGGUUCGUCUGGGUGGCUCUUUCCUUUCUACGAUCCAGAAACACACAUGCUCUACAUAGCAGGGAAGGGUGAUGGUAAUAUCCGGUACUAUGAGAUCAGCUCAGAGAAGCCCUACAUGCACUUCCUCACAGAGUACCGCUCGCACACUCCUCAGAAAGGAAUGGGUAUCAUGCCAAAGAGAGGCCUGGACGUGAGCUCCUGUGAGGUGUUCAGGUUCUACAAACUGGUGACGAUCAAGGCCCUCAUCGAACCCCUCUCCAUGAUCGUACCUCGCAGGGUAAGAACCCCUGACACACCAACACAGACGACCAGAACACCUAGGGUCACAAUCUACUGAGCACUAGAACACAAUGUAGUCACAAUCUACUGAGCACUAGAACACAAUAUAGUCACAAUCUACUGAGCAC